AUGUCCUCCAGGAACAGCCUAUCGCAUCGCCGCACGCACAACCUGCUUUUAAUAUCCAAACUGCUCAGCCUGAGGGACACGGCUUCCCCGCUGACGCUGGUCUUGGACUCGCUCGGGCAGCCUGCCAGACCCCUGUUGAAGGAGUAUAUACGACGCGCACAGUUAUCAAAAGUGCAUGUUAUAUUCGUCUCAUUCGAGACCCUUAAAAAGCCCCAUGGCGUUGACUGCUUCGUCUUUGCGCAACGAAAGAAACCCGCCGACCUGGCCAAGGAGAUCACUGCUGCAUCUUCGUCUGCUGGUUCGACUCGGAGACGCCUGAUCAUCAUUGAUAGCGUGAACCCUCUUCUGAGCAAGCCAGGAAUACAUCUACCAUCCUACCUGGGUUCGCUCGUUGCGCCGAGCAAUGCAUCGGCACAAAUCCAAACAUCGCUGGUCGUGACAUAUCACCGCGACAUUGUCGGAAUCAAGCAGCGCCAGCCCUACGCUCCAUCUGACUUUUCCCUCCUGAGUUAUCUAGCCACAACUAUCAUCACCCUCCACAACCUGGCGCAUAUUCUCGCGCAAAAAUCUGCUCGGGAUCGGAGUCUCGCGGCCCCCGUUUUUGGUUUAGAAGAAGAGCAAGAGGGCGUUAUUCUGGGCAAGGUCGACGGCUCAGAGCGCGCGAGCGGCGGAAUUGUGAUCGAGAUGGAGCACCGACGUAAAAGCGGACGUGGCGUCGUCGAGUGGUAUCAUCUUCCCUCGGCUAGUCGGUAUCUGCCGCAAGAGUUGAAAGAGGUGGUCACCUUGCUAGACGACCAUCCUCUUUUCCAACGGGCCGAGGACGAUGGCGCGCCAGAAGACGAGGAGCCUGGGUCUACUUUUGAAUUGAAGCUAACCGAGCGCCAGCGCCGCGACAGAGAAGGCGUAGUGUUGCCUUAUUUUGAUGCGCAAAAGGGCGGUGGUCCUGGAGAGGGAGGGCGAAUCCUGUACGACAUGGGAGAAGAAGACGACUUUGACGAGGAGGAAGAUGAGAUUUGA